UCUGCUGAAACUCCAAAAAACUUUUAGGCUUAUUGUAAGCCUAAAACUAAGGUAGUGGACAUUAUGGCGGAAGCGGCAGUAGAAAAUGGGAGUUCAAGAUUCUUUUGUCACAAAUGUUACGCUGAAAUUAGCCCUGUAUUACCUGAUUACACAUGCCCUCGAUGUCAGAGUGGAUUCAUAGAAGAACUAAAUCAUUCAGCUGCACCACAAGAAAGUGAAGAAUCAGAAGAUGAAGUAGAUCCAGCUGCUCAAUUUGCAGAGCUCUGGAGUGCCAAUACUUUCUUAGACACAUUAAGAAGACUUGAUCAUGAACACAGCAGAGGGGAAACGUCCCGAGGGAAUCAGCUCGAUGGUUCUGGACCAGGGGAUCCUUCCUCAAGUACAACACCUGCAGAGUCUACAAAUCCUCGAGAAGUGAGAGGACCUCAUUAUCAUCCUAACUGGAGGAGAGCGAGAUCUCAGAAUAGACAAAAUAUCCAACACUUCCGUCAACCCCUUGAAGGAAUUAUUCAUCAAAUAUUUUCCAACUUAACUGGUGGUACAGGUUUUGUUUCCAAUACCGGAUUUCCUGUGAUUCUAAAUCUUCAUGGCAAUCCAGGAGACUAUGCCUGGGGUAGAGGAGGGCUGGACUCAAUAAUUACUCAACUUCUUAACCAAUUAGACACUACUGGCCCUCCACCAUUGUCAAAAGAAAAAAUUUCUGAAAUUCCAACAGUGCAUAUACAGCAAGACCAAGUUGAUCAUAAUCUGCAGUGUAGUGUGUGCAUGGAAGAUUUCAAAACUGGAGAAGCUGUGAAAAAACUUUCCUGUCAACACCAUUACCACAAUGAUUGUAUAAUACCCUGGCUAGAAUUACAUGGUACCUGUCCCAUUUGUCGGAAACUGUUAAAUGAAGAAACAACAAUUGGAGGCAGUGGACUUGGAAUGGAUUCUUCUAGCAGCGCGUCUAACACAUUACAGGAAAGUAGCCGCUUUAGAGAGUCUUCGACCACAUCAAGCAUGAAUAGUGAACACCAAAACUCAUCCAUGUAUGACUUCAAUGAGGACCUUGAUUUUGAUUGACCACUAGGCAAACUUAUUCCUUUAUGAUGUAAAGGUUUCCUCAUUUGAUUGGCUUCUGUGUACAUAGGUGUAUUUAUGUGUGUAUAAGUGUAUAUUAAUUUUUUUUUCCUUUGCUGUUGCAGACUGUGAAUAAUAUGCUCUUCAUUAUUAAAUACAUUAGUGGAACACCAUAAAACACACCAGCCUAUUACUCGUAUAUAAUCUUAUUUUGUCCUUCAAAGUUGGAAAAGGUGUAUGAAGUAAACCAGCUAAUGAUCUUGGAAUUGGUUUGCUUUCACGCUCUAGAUUUACCAGUCCAUUGUAGGUCAAGGUAAAUCAUGAAUUUUAUUUUAAUUUACAGAAAAUCUUGUUUUUAAAACUACUGUUUUGCAAAGGAGUGUUUAAAAGAGUAGUACCAUAACUAACACCUGAUAAGUAAUGUAGCACACAUUUUUUUAUCAUUAUUAUUAUGAAGAACGAUUUACAUAUUUAAAGUUAGACUUUAAAAAAUUACACACUUGGGAAGAACAUGUUAAAAUGAUUAAAACAGGCAAUUAAAUUUUUUAUUUUUUUUUCUAUUUAUCUCUAGUGAGAAAGUCUUUAUCAUGAUGUGUUGGGAUUAACUUUUAUUUAGAUUAUGCUUUGUUGCUGUUGAAUUAUUCUAGGCUAUGAAAUUUUUGAAACAGUUCAUUUAAAUCCUAUGUAAUCGUAAUUUAGUGAAAAACUAUCUCAGAAAAGCCGAUACUCUGCUAAAAAAAAAUGUUGAUUUUCAUAAGUUAUAGAUUUGGAUAUGAUAUUUGAAUUAUAAAAAACAAAUAUGAACCACAAAGUUUGAGAAUUUUAAAUUUAGAAGAAUGACAGUAAGAGCAGAGUUAUGAAAGACAUUAUUUUUUACAGUUAUGAUUAAAGUGUAUACUUUUCCAUUUAGUGUUAAUUUUUUGUCUAUGAUUAAACAGUCAGUGUGUACAUGUGUAUGUGUGUGUAUGAGAGAAAUGACUUAGAAAAAGUAUAACACAUUGACAAAGGUGCAAAAGGACAGUUCCUGUAAAACAUAUACCAUAUUUUAGAAUAUUAGUUUUAAGCUUUGACUAGUCCUUUGUACUUUAUGGUUCUUCAAAUAAUUUGUUUUUAGUAUUGUAGAAAAAAAAUCAAAUUCACACAAUGUAAAUGAUUUUUUUUUUAUUAAUAAUUGAAUGACCAGAAAGAUAAACAGUAAAAGGUAAGGCCAUUAGAGUUAUGAUUUUUUUUUUUAAAUUUUGCUGUUUUAAUAAAAAUCUUUGUUUCUGGAAUGCCGUUUAUGGGUUAUUAGUUACACAGCUUGGUGAUCAAGAUGAAAAUUUUUUCCUUGAUAGACAGGUGAAAAUGUUUGUGAUAUUUUAUUAAAAUGAUACUCUUACAAAUGUGAAGUUAAUCAAAUCUCUCUUGACAUCACUAUUUUAUAUAAAUCCUUCUCCAAACGUUAAUUUCUGAAGCUACAUUAAUAACUUGUAUUCAAACAAACUAUUCAAAGCUGAUGAAUGUUAUUUAAAUAGGAAACUCUUUGAUUUAAUUCAAACGUUUCUUGAAGAAAUCAGAAAGAAAAAAAAAACCAUAUAAUU